AUCUUCGCUGGCCUCUUGCUACGUUCAGCAUUCACUUCUGAAAUUCCAUUGGGUUCAAAACUUUCUGUGGUUGACAAUGACAGCUGGGCCUCCUCCAAUGGUGAUUUUGCAUUAGGAUUCUUUAACACUUCAGAUCAACCUAGUCAGUUCAGGAUUGGCAUACGUUUCAAUUCAAAGUCUAUGCCAUUUAGCCAACAAACUGUGGUCUGGGUUGCUGGAGCUCAUGUCACUGUGGGUAGCAUGUCGUAUUUCCAACUCACCCCCGAAGGGGAAUUAGUCCUCUUUGAUUCAUUACAGGGAGUAGUAUGGACCAGUGGAACUGCCAACCAAUCUGUAGUUUCAGCAGCCUUCCGUGACAAUGGCAAUCUUGAGCUCAUAGACAGAGAGCAACGUGUUGUUUGGCAGAGUUUUGAUACUCCAUCUGAUACACUAGUCCCAGGGCAGAGUUUAUCUGUGCAUCAAACACUUCGAGCUGCCAGCAAGCAAACCACAUCUAGUUACUACAGUCUUUACUUGAAUGGCUCGGGACAGUUACAUCUUCGAUGGGAAAGUAAUAUUACCUAUUGGACAAGUGAUGAUAGCCCUUCUAUCGCAAAUCUGAGUGCUUGUCUCACAACCUCUGGAGCCCUGCAACUUCAAGACCAAAGUUCAAAACCUGUUUGGUCAGUAUUUGGUGAAGACCACAAUGAAUCAGUGAAUUACAGGUUUCUUAGGCUUGAUUUGGAUGGCAAUCUGCGCAUAUAUUCAUGGAUAGACACGUUACAAUCAUGGAAAUCAGUAUGGCAGGCUGUUGAGAAUCAGUGCAAGGUUUUUGCAACUUGUGGUCAACGUGGUAUGUGUUUUUUAAGUGCUUCAGGUUCUGCUGAUUGCCGAUGCCCGUUUGAGUUAGCUGACCCUAACAAAUGUUUGGUUCCAUACGAUGAGGCAUGUGAAUCUGGCAUCAAUAUGCUUACAUAUGAGAAAACAUUUCUAUAUGGAAUUUACCCACCUGAAGAUUCAAUCACCAUAAGUAGUUUGCAGCAUUGCAAGCAGUUGUGUUUGAAUGAUCCACAAUGUACAGUUGCAACCUUUUUGAAUGAUGGGAGUGCUCAAUGCUCAAUAAAGAAAACUAAGUAUGUCACUGGUUUUGCAGAUCCAUCUCUAACCUCGGUAUCUUUUGUUAAGAGAUGUUCAGGUCCAUUAGCUGUGAAUCCUGGUCUUGUUAAUUCACCUCCUCCCAAACAGCCUCCAGCACUUUGUGUUCCUUGUUUGAUUGGAGCAGCCUCUGCCACUUUUUUCGUCUUUGCCAUCAUACAGUUGGGAAUUGGUUUCUGGAUCUGCAGAAGAAGAAACAUCACUAGGAAAGAAGUUACUUUAGCUUUAACAUGCCCCGUUUCGAAGGGUUUGUUUGUGUUGUCCUCAGAGAUAAGGAGCCUCACUGGGGAUUUCAAGAACCAAAUCGGUCCAAAUAUGUUCAAGGGUACACUGCAAGACAAUCACUUGGUUGCAGUUAAGAAUCUGAAUGCCAGCAUAGAAGAAAGGAGGUUCAGGAGCGCAGUUACAAAAAUAGGAAGCAUCCAUCACAAGAACCUAGUGAAGCUGGAGGGCUACUGUUGUGAGUUCAAUCACAGAUUCUUGGUGUACGAGUAUGUCAAGAAUGGUUCUUUGGAUAAGUUCUUUGGUGAUUCAGCUCUUUGCAGGAGGCUAACUUGGAAAAAGAGACUUCAAAUAUGCUCAAGUGUAGCCAAAUCCAUUUGCUAUUUGCACACCGAGUGUCGGGAGUUUCUUAGCCAUGGCAAUCUGAAGUGUGCAAAUGUCUUACUGGAUGAAAUGGAGGCCAAGGUAACUGAAUUUGGGUUUGCAAGAGCAGAUGGUGAGGCAUCAUAUUGUGGUUCUUCAGCUGAGAAAGAUGUGGAGGAUUUUGGCAAGCUGGCAUUAACUCUGUUAUCUGGGCGUCAAGACACUGGGGAUCUUUGCCGGUGGGCACAUGAACAAUGGAUAGAAGGACGAUCCAUCAAUGUGGUUGAUAAAAGAAUUGAUGGUGAAAUCGAUUCAGAGGAGCUAGAACGUGCGUUGAGAAUAAUAUUCUGGUGUCUUCAAAUGGACGAACGGAGGAGGCCUUCAAUGGGGGAGGUGGCAAGAGUGCUAGAUGGUAUAUUGAAUGUUGAUCUUCCACCACCUCCUUUUGCUGUCCAGAGGCCAUUGCUAGAAGAUGAUGAUACUUAAAAAGUAUGAUUCAGAAUCGGUAGUGUGAAUGCCUGCUGAACUUGUUAGAAUCUAUGCCCAUUCACUGUUGUUUUCGUCCCUCAUUUCCCCUUUUAUUCAAUGUGUAUAGUAGGUUUAGGACUAACAUUAGAUGAGAAAUGGAAAUGGCCAUGCCCAUUAUUUUUGGUCUCUGGCCUUCGCUUUA